ACAAAGCAAGAUGGCGUCUGGCGGAGAAUACGUUGUAUUGGUUAUUAUGGUUUCUAGGUCUUAAUUACAACGUACAUGUGCACAUGUGUGUCGUUUAACAGAGUAAACGUCGUUAUUAAUUGUUUGUAUGCGGAUACAUUAGUCUGAGUGCACUUUGACGUGCUAGCCUAGCCUGCUGGUUAGCUUAGCUUGUUAGCUGCUAACAAAGAGAGGCGGAAGUGAUCGACACAUCAAAGCAGAGAUCCACUACGUCUGUGAAGAACAUCUUCACCCUGAGCAACAGAAGUGCAGCUUCAGGAUGCAGACGGAGGAGCCACAGCCCUCCCACAUUAAGAAGGAAGAGAAAUACCUACUGAUGCCCCAUUUUAAAAAGGAAGAGGAGGACCCACUGACACCCCGAUUUAAAGAGGAAUAUGUGGAUCCACUGACCCCUCACAUUCAAGAGGAAGAGGAAGAGCACAGCAUCAGUCAGCAGAGAGAGCAUCUUGAAAGACUGGAGGAGGUUGAUGUCACCAAGAUGCCAGUGACUGGUGUCCCUGUGAAGAGUGAAGAUGAUGAGGUGAAAGGUGAAAGUGAGGAGAGGGGAGGGGGGGAGCCUCCAAGCAGCAGCUCAACACAACACAUGACAACAGAAGCUGAUGGAGACCACUGUGGAGGAUCACAAGCAGACAAGCUCUUAGCUCCACUAUCAGAUAGUGAGGACACAACGUCACACUCUCCUGACACUGAUGAUGAAGACUCUAAAGAUGAUAAGACAUGUCACACUGACAACACUCACUUCACAUCUUCUCACUCUCACAAAACUUUUAAAUACCAAAGUCGUCUGAAAAGACACAUGAGAACACACACUGGAGAAAAACCUUUUCAUGUUCAAUCUGCUGUAAAGAUUUUAUUCAGAGGCACGAUUUAAAAAGACACAUGAGAACACACACUGGAGAAAAACCUUUUUCAUGUUCAAUCUGCAGUAAAGAUUUUACGCAUUGGCACAAUUUGAAAACACACAUGAGAAUACACACUGGUGAAAAACCUUUUUCCUGCUCAGAAUGUGGCAAAAGUUUUGUAAUAAAUCAAAGGUUAAAAGUACACAUGAGAAUACACACUAGAGAAAAAACUUUUUCCUGCUCAGAAUGUGGUAAAAGUUUUGUAACAAAUCAAACCUUAAAAGCACACAUGAGAACACACACUGGUGAAAAACCUUUUUCGGGUUCAAUCUGCGGUAAAAAUUUUACUCUAAGGCCCCUUUUAAAAACACACGUGAGAACACACUCUGGUGAAAAACCAUACUCCUGUUCAAGAUGCAACAAAAGCUUUCGUCACCGACAAUCUUUCACAGUACACAUGAGAAGACACCCAGGAGAGAAAGUGUUGAGUUGCAGUGUGUGUGGUGAAAGAUUGUCUUCUAAGUACCAGUGUAAGAAACACAAGUGUGCUGGUGAGAACAGCAGCAGCAAAUGAAACUGCAGGAUUUGAAAUAAACUGUCCAGACUUGAACUUUCACUUUUCUAACAACAUCAGCACAUAUAACAUGUGUGACAUCAUUGUUGUGUGUGUACAAUAAUGUUAAUAUGUUUCUAACAUUUAUAGAUUAGACACUUCAAAUUAGUGCUUUUAUUUCAGUCAAGUACAUGAGUUAAUAUACACAUUUGUGUACUUUGAAAUGAACAGAUUUUUGACUGAAAAGGUGAGAAUAAAUAGUAUAUAAAAUAUGUUACUUACAGUAAACAUUUUAAGUGUAGAUAUCCAUAAUUUACUUUUAUACUUAUUCAUAAUAGUGUUUCAUAUGUUUUUUGUAAUAAUGAAGAGUUGCAUUUUUUUUUUCUAAUUGUAGAUGAUUCCAUAGAUGAACUCUUUUAUAUGAUGUACAUAUUUGUUUUACAUGUGUUCAUACCUUUGCUUUUGAGUACACAUAAAUCCCUCUUAGUUCAUAUGUACUGGUUCACAUCUGAAACAUCUUCUGGACCACUUCUGGAAGCAUAUUAUUAUUGACUUUAUACAUCAUUGGUGCAGGGAACGGUGCUGGCCCCUCUUCUCUUCACCCUGUACACCGCUGACUUCUGCUACAACUCAGAGCUGUGUCACAUCCAGAAGUACGCGGAUGACACAGCCAUCGUCGGGUGCAUCAGGGACGGCAGAGAGGAGGAGUUUCGGAACCUGGUGAGGGACAUUGUUGUCAGGUGCCACACGAACGUCUUGCAGCUCAAUCCGUCAAAGACCAAGGAGCUGGUCAUUGACUUUGGGAGGUCGAGUCCACGGUCACAACCUAUUGUGAUCGAGGGAGUUGAGGUACAGACCGUGGACUCAUUCAAGUACCUCGGGGUUUGGGUGGACAAUAAGCUGGACUGGACUGUUAACACGGACCACCAGUACAAGAAAGGACAGAGCAGGCUGUACUUCCUCAGGAGACUGCACUCCUUCAACAUUUGUAGAAAACUCCUGUGGAUGUACUACCAGUCUGUGGUUGCCAGUGUUCUGUUCUACAUGGUAGUGUGCUGGGGGGGCAGUACAUCUAAGAAGGACAGCUCCAGACUUGAGAAACUGAUCAGGCGGGCCGGUUCUACAAUGGGAAUGAAACUGGACUCACUGGUGAUGGUGGCAGAGAAGAGGACUGUGGACAAACUGGUGAGCAUCCUGGAUGAUGCCAGUCACCCUCUGCAUAGUGUUAUCAGCAGCCAGAGGAGCCUGUUCAGUUCUAGACUGCUUCAUCCCAAGUGCAGGACUAAUAGACUCAAGAACUCCUUUGUCCCACACGCCAUUAGACUGUACAACUCCUCUCUGGGGCGGGGGGCGGGGGGUACUAGGAUGACAGGGGAUGCAAAACAUUAACAGUGCAAUACGUUUUCAUAACAUGGUCACUACUGCCUACUUUGUCUUGUUAUAUUCUUAUUUUACUGUUAUAUUGUUGUUCCCAUUGUUUUUAUUCUUUUUGUAAUAUUUCUCUAUUUUGUUUCCUUUUAAACCCCCAUUAUUUACUUUUUACUUUCUUUUUUUUUUUUUUAAUUGAUCUCAACUCUGUACACUGCUGCUGGAAUUUUUAAUUUUCCUGAAGGAACUCUCCUGAAGGAAUCAAUAAAGUACUAUCUAUCUGUCUAUCUAUCUAUCUAUCUAUCUAUCUAUCUAUCUAUCUAUCUAUCUAUCUAUCUAUCUAUCUAUCUAUCUAUCUAUCUAUCUAUCUAUCUAUCUAUCUAUCUAUCUAUCUCUCUAUCUAUCUAUCUAUCUAUCUAUCAUUUGAACAAUUGUUUUUUUAUACAAGAUCAUUUACUUUUAAAAUGUGUGACUUUAUGAAUUAUUUGUUGGGUCUCUAUAAUCCAUUCUAUUAAUUGUCCUUUUUACUUUCUUGUGUAAUAUGAAUAUUGAUGUGUGAUUGUUUUAUAUGUAUGUCCCCAGACCUUUAUGCAAUAAACACUGUAUGACUCAACUAAAGUUGGGUACAAUAAUUAUAGUUAA